AUUUAAAUUGUGUUUUCUUCCUUUGCAUUUCUCAUAUGGAAAAAUAUUUGUCUUUCUUGAAGGAAUUCUAUUGUGUGUUUGGCAAAUUGACUUCAAAAGAAUCAAAAUCUCACACAAAGGAGAACGCGAUCGUGUUGGCCAAGUUCGAGGAGCUAAACCACAUCAAAGCGAGCCUGGGAGCAGCGAAUCUGUCGUUGGCUCUUGAGAACGACGAGACGAGAGAGAGCGAGGGUGACGAACGGCUUAAACUUGAGCUGAUCGGAGAGCACAAUUGGAAAGGGGUAAGAACUGAUGCUGGUGGUGUUGGAGGUGAUGGAGACUGGAGGAAACAAGUUGAUCAGAGAGCAAGCGUAGUGGAGAUUUGGAGCCGGAGAUAUGGAGGCCGGAGGGAGAAGUGGAACUUGAAGAAAGAGUUGAUUAGGAUGAAUGAGGCUUAGGAUUUCUAAUUUUAGGAAUUUAAGUAAUUAAGUUCAGAUUUUCUG